GGCAAGAGGUUGUAGGGAGUGAGGCUGAAGGGAUGGGCGYUGUACGGGAAAGCUCUGGCGGGRAGCCGACUUCUUCGGAGAAGAAGCGCGAGCGAYAGAGGAUGGUGCGAGAGGAGGUGGYGGAGGAAACCCGCCGCAYGAAGAGGAUGAAAGGGCAAUCGAAGGCGGUGAUGGGCGGGGAUGGAGGUGAUGUCGGAGAACGUGCCUCGGGAAAGAGGGCGCCUGGGAUGCGUGGCGGACAAGAACAUGGAGUCGGAAAGACGCCGUCGAAGGAAGAGGGUGCGGCGACAAGUAAGAAAGCGAGGAGGCCCGGCGGUUUGACCAUCCGUGAAGGACAAGCCAUGGGUGGAGGAGAUUCGGCUCAUCCAGGCGUUGCGGCCAUAGGAGAACCUGCGGGGAAAUCCAAAAGGAAAGUGGCAGCUGAAGAAGGCGAUGGCCAGAAGAAACCUCGAAGGAGGAAGACUGUUGAGGCAGCGAGCGGUAGCGGACGGCCGGCUGUCGGUGGGUACUGCGACGAAGCGGCAGCGUUCUGGCCCGAAUACGAGCGGAAUGAUGACGGUGAGAUCAUGGAGAAGGAACUCCCCGUCCAACUUCUCAUCAACCCCAGGAAUGUCUGCGACAUCCCGCCUUGGGAAAGAGAUUACAACCACUGCAGUCUCAGUCGUGAAAGUGUAGACGACAUACAGGCUGCGAUGCUAAUUCAGCACCACGGGGAAAAGGGGAAGAUAUGGACAAAAAACCCUUUGGUUUUGGCACCCAUCUACAAGUCGGUGGCGCGUAGGCCGGAGAAAGCUGACAGGGUUCACAAAGACGUCUUCAAGCCAGAGGACAAGGACAAGUACUGCUAUACCCCUGUCAACGGACAACACACCAUGGCUGCUGUGAAGGAGCUGGUGGAUGAGCCAAUAUUCAAUUUGUGGAAGAUGCACUCGUGGCCGGCGAGAGUAGUGUGGUUCUCCGACGAAGAUUUCGGGGAGUAUGUGCAGGUCAAACUCAACGAGAACACGAGACACAAGAGGUCUAAGCAGCGAUCGCAGAAGGCCGCGUUCGAGGACAUGCAGCAGGCAUGGGAGAAAGAAGGUAGGCCGGUGGCCAUUCAAGGGAACCCUUCCGGCAAGGAGGCCGAAAAACGAGCGUUCUUCAAAUUCCAAAAGCUGCUUUUGGGAAAGAGCUCGAACGACGCCCACUGGACGUUGGCAAAAAAAACGCUAACGCUCGCCGACAAGGAGUACGUAGCUGCUGUUGGCAAUGCAUUGAGGCAGUGGAUGCCGCUCGUGACGGCCGGUGACAACGUUUUUCGUAAAUGCAUGGAGUUUUCCGAGAAAUGGGCGGAGGGGAAGUUGUUGGGCGGCGACGGGAAGACGCCAUUGUCGAGGCCGGGCAAAUACAUGCCAGACAAAUCUCCGGGUCUUCAACCAAUUCCGGAAAUGGGCUCGAAAGGGAYGGCUGGUGAAACGAAGAUGGGGUGGCUGGUCCGGGUCCCGCCGCCUCCGACCAAAAAGAAAACGCAAGCGAACGACAAGUUUUUCGUGGUCGUGAAGGAGCCGGACAUGUUCUGUUGGAAGUGUCUCGCCGACAUGACCGAUGCCGAAAAACUGUCGAUCCUCUACGACAUUCUCGCACUUAGGAGAGUAGACUAUGAUUACGAACCUUGUGACAAGCUCCCUGUGGACCAUGAUACCUAUGAGAAUGACAAACUCUUCUUCUUCGGCAAGCAUCAUCGGUUCACGCCGGAGGAUGUUUGGCGACACAACGUCGUCUGGCACCCGAGGAUAUUCCAACCUGCAGUGAAGAAUGGAAGGUGGGUCAUGGCAAUGAAGGAAGGCGAUGGCAAGUGGAGUGGAAUGAACAGACUUGGAGCGGGUCCAUUUAAGAAAAAGGCGAGAGGUGCUCUGGUGGACCAUUUGAGGGUUAUGAACCCCGACAGGAGCCUGCCGGACGUCGAUGCGUAUGCAGUCCAAAAGCUAGAUGAGUUGUACGACAAAAAAAUGUUGGAGUUUCGUGCGCCUUUCUACGCACUGGAGACGGCACCGUCUCGUGGCACUGACUGGCRCAUGCCGCAAUGUCCGUCGAGCGGUCAGCAUCCGGGGAGCGGUGGAGGAGGAGACGAAGGAGACAACGGAGGUGAUGGAGGAGACGGCUCACGAUUUGUCGGAAAGGGGACGGGCGAAACAUCGUCGGGAGAAAAGGCGUCCGACGGAAAGGGGUCAGUCGGAAAGGGGUCGAGUGGAAAGGGGUCGAGCAGAAAGGGGUCGAGCGGAAAGGGAUCGGGCGGGAAGGGGUCGGGCGGGAGGGGGUCGGGUGGGAAGGGGUCGGGCGGGAAGCGAAAAACGUCUGGGAGUCCCCAGCAUAGGGAAACUUAUAGCCACUGCCUAGGGAGUCGUGAUUCUGACAUGCGAGACGUGGCCACCUUGAGGUCUGAUCAAGUGCGAGUAGAUUCGCACUUGUCUGCAAGGACUUUGUUUCCCUAUACCGAGGAGAGUCCAUCCCGCCGUGCGCAGCAGAGGUCUCCUAUGCACAACACCUUGCUCCUGGAAGAGGGCGAACAUUUGCGUCAUCCGGCAACAUUUCAUGAACUGCGAGACCAUUCCUUGAUGGGAACUGCGUCUUCGUUUUACUGGCGGUUUGGCGACGUGCUGGAGGGGCCCACUGCAGGAGUGUUGGAGACCGGGGGUGGCGAGUACGAACGUCAUGCUUCGGAGGGCUUGCCAGUCGACGUUGACAGCAAGAGUGCAGCGGCUCCUGGGGAAGUGGAGCGCUCUCCGGGAGCGCCGAAUGCUGUACAGCGGGAAGUGGAGACUCAACAAUGGGAGUCUCGCAAAGUGUUGGGGACCGAGGGUAGCGAGUAUGAACAUCAUGCUUCGGAGGGUGCGUCCCUGGACACUAACAGCGAGAGUACAGUAGCUCCGGGGGAAAUGUGUGCUCUGCAGCGGGAAGAGGAGACUCGACACYGGCCGACUCGCGAAGUCGUCAAGGAGAUCGACGCAGGAGUGUUGGUGAUCAGGACGUCCGAAGAGGUUUUGCAGUCUUUCGGCUGUGGCCACGACGCGAGAGGGUGCAGAGAACCCGUGGUGGAAGGCGGUGGGGUGACGGUCGACAUCCAGAUGGAUCCACAACGGAAAUAUGAUAAUUCUUCGCUCACCCGUUUCGUUGAAGAACAGGGUGAUCGAGCGUCCGUCCUCAGUACCGGUCGGGAAAUGGUAGUUCAUGAAACCAUCGAGCUGGUUAGCAACUCAGGCGUCGCCCAGGUACACAACUUCGAAUCCUCCGUGGAAGGCAGUGAGGUGGCCGUCAGCGUCAAGAUGGAUCAAGAGCAGAAAGAUCAUGAUUCUCCGUCCUCCCGUUGCGGUGAAGAACAGGGUGAUCGAACGUCUGUCCUCAGUACUGGUCCGGAAAUGGUACUUCAUGAAGCCAUCGACUUGCCUAGCGAUUCAGCUGUCACCGAGCUGGUUAGCGACACAGCCGUGGCCGAAGUGCAGAACGUCGAAUCCUCCAUGGACGUUGGCGCAGUGGUGCGAUAGGAGGGUGAAUUCCCUCAAAGGGCGCCCGACCACGAUAAGAUUUGUGAAUAGCAGCACUCGCAUA